AAGGUUUUUAAAAUAACUGAACUAGUAGAUUCUACGAAAAUCCAGUAAAUUCUAAAUUUUAGGGUUUUAAAGGAACCCUGAUGAAGAAGAAAUUCUAAAACCUCCCCAAAACCCCUGUGGCUCUGAACUCUGAAGUCAGCGAGGAAGGGAGAAGGCGGGAGUUCUCCAUGGCUCCGAAGCGGAAGCCGCCGGCGAGGGCGGCGGCGGCGAAGUUGGACCCCGACGGCAUGUUCCGCGGCGUCUCCGCCUUCGUCGUCCCCCACGCCGUCCAGUCUCGCCGCCUCGAGGUGUGGAAGCAGAGGCUGGCGCAGAUGGGGGGACGCGUCCAGGAGAAGCUCGCCGCCAAGGGCGGCGGCGGCGCGGUCACCCACGUCCUGGCCGCCGACGCCAAGGCGCUGCUCCGGGAGCUCGACGCCGCCUGGCUCCACCGCUUUCGCGGGAGCGUGGUGUCAUUCGAGUGGCUGGAGGAGUGCCUCAAAUCCGGGGAGAGGCUACCGGAGCACAAGUUUGCUAUCAACUACGAAGAGGAAUUUAAGCCGAAGAAGGAAGGUGGUGCUGCAGGUUCAGGUGUGUUGCAGUCUGCAAAGAGGAGCAAAAUAUCAUCAGACGGUCCUGAGAAUCGGAAGGAAACUGCUGGGGGUAAUCGAGAAUCUCGAGAUGCAAUUGCACAUCCAAAUGAAGAUUCGGAUGUUGUAAAGGGGCCUAGCACGUGUACAAGUAGCCAAAGUGCCUCUGGAGAUUCUAAGGAAACCAUAGCUUCUCAAAAUGCAUUCAAAGCUGAGGAAGCCUCUUCUGGAGAAUCCUCAACGUAUGCUCCUCCAGACUUGAACAGGAACAUAACUGAGAUUUUUGGAAAGCUGAUCAAUAUAUAUAGAGCCCUGGGAGAUGACCGAAGAUCAUUUAGCUAUUACAAGGCUAUUCCAGUGAUUGAGAAAUUGCCAUUCAAAAUAGAAAGCGCUGAUCAAGUUAAAGACCUCCCUGCUAUUGGGAAAUCAUUGAAAGACCAUAUUAAUGAGAUAGUAAAUACAGGAAAGCUUUCCAAGCUAGAGCACUUUGAGAAUGAUGAGAAGGUUCGAACUGUCAGCCUAUUUGGCGAAGUUUGGGGUGUUGGUCCUGCAACUGCUCUCAAGUUAUAUGAUAAAGGACAUCGUACACUGGAUGACCUUCAAAAAGACGAUUCACUUACAAGUGCUCAGAGGAUUGGCCUGAAGUUCUUUGACGAUAUCAAACAAAGAAUACCCCGACAUGAGGUUAGUGAGAUGGAGAAGCUUUUGCAAGAAGUUGGGACUGAUAUCUUGCCUGGGGUGAUAAUUGUAUGUGGGGGAUCAUACAGACGUGGAAAAUCUUCUUGUGGUGACAUGGAUAUUAUUAUCACUCAUCCUGAUGGUGAAAGUCAUGUAGGCUUUUUACCAAAAUUUGUUCAGCGCUUGAAGGGCAUCAAUUUUUUGAGGGAGGAUCUUAUUUUCAGCAUACACAGCAUUGAGGGAACUGAUUGUGGAGUUGACACAUAUUUUGGUCUUUGCACAUAUCCUGGGCGUGAGCUGCGCCAUCGCAUCGACCUCAAGAAGGUAUACCCAAGGAACAGACAUGCAUUUGGGCUGCUUGCUUGGACUGGCAAUGAUGUUCUGAAUCGACGAUUAAGAAUACUAGCAGAUUCCAAAGGCUACAUUCUUGACGACACUGGUUUGUAUCUUGCUACACCGGGCAGUGGUGGAAAGCGUGGGGGAAGAUCAGAUGCUAUAAUUAAUUGUGACACCGAGAAGGAUGUGUUCGAUACACUUGGAUUCCCCUGGUUGGAACCUCACGAACGUAAUCUCUAGCCUUUGUCGAAACCCUUCUGUAGAAAAUGCAGUUUGCUAGAGCUAUAUACCUUUUGUAUUUCCCCUACUUUCUAUUGCCAGUAGGCUGGCUGUUUCCAAACCUGUCUGUAGAAAUUAGGAAAAAUGUAGAUGUAGUUUGCUAGAUUUUUAUAGUUUUGUUUUCUCGUACUGCAGAAAAGCAGAGUUGUUUUUGUCUUUGACACUUGCCGCAAUGGUCAAACUCUCUUUUGCUGGCAUGUACUAACUGCAGACAACAGUAUAUAUAUAACUCUGUUGUAAAUCCAUUUCUUAUGACCUCUCAGA